AUGACGAAAGCCCACAGCGGCAACGAUGAGGUGGAGAUGCGUGUGGUUGUGUUCCUGGCUUUGUCUGUUGCCAGUGUCAUCGAUGUCCAAGCCAGACUGGUUGGCAACCAUGUCAGCAGCAUCUGCAGCACAUGGGGCAGAGAGCACUUCAAGACAUUUGACGGAGAUGUGUACCAGUUCCCUGGUAUGUGUGAGUACAACCUGGCGUCCGACUGCCACGAGUCCUACCAGGAUUUCUCCGUGCACAUGAAGAGGAUAGACAAAGAUGGAAACCCUACAGUCAGCCAUGUGGUGGUCACCAUCAAUGACCUUUUGUUUUACCUCACCAAGGACAUGAUCACUGUGAAUAACCUCCCUGUCAAAGUGCCAUACUACAAUGCAGGUGUACAAGUGGAACAAAAUUCUGUUUACAUCAAGCUCCAAUCUAAAGUCGGCAUCACUGUCAUGUGGAACGGUGACGAUGCAGUCAUGGUGGAACUGGAUACUGAUUAUGCAAAUCGUACCUGUGGACUUUGUGGAGACUUCAAUGGUGUUUCUGUCCAGAAUGAGUUCAUUCAUAAAGGUCGCAAAAUCAGCCCCAUUGAGUUUGGCAACAAACACAAAGUCCAUCGUCCAAAUGAUGAUUGUGAGGACCCCUAUGAGGAGGAAGAUGAAUCACUGGAAGCUGUGCUGGAUUCAUGCAAGGAGUUUCAAACCACCUGUAACCAGAUGCUGCGUUCAGAGCCCUGGAGCUCCUGCACCACUCUGAUCAACCCUGAACCUUACAUCCAGACCUGUGUGCAGGACAUGUGUGGCUGCGCCAAUAGAACAAAUGACUUCUGUGUCUGCAGCACACUGUCUGAGUUCUCUCGGCAGUGUUCCCAUGCAGGAGGGCAGCCUCCCAACUGGAGGACACCUCAGUUCUGUGCUAAGCAGUGCCCAUUCAACAUGGUUUAUAAAGAGAGCGGUUCUCCUUGCAUGGAUACAUGCACACUUCUGGACACCGGUUCACUGUGUGAGGACCACAAAAUGGACGGCUGCUUCUGUCCUCCUGGAACUGUGUUUGAUGAUAUUUCCAUGAGAGGGUGUAUUGCUCAAUCUGAAUGUCAGUGCAAACACAACAAAAUCUAUAACUCCGGUGAGGUCUACCGACAGGACAGAGAGGAAUGUACAUGUGUUGAGGGUAGAUGGGCUUGUGAGAGCCUUCAAACACCUGCUACAUGUGCAGUUGAAGAGGGUUCACAUGUAACUACCUUUGAUGGAAAAACCUUCACCUUCCAUGGAGACUGUUACUACACCCUAGCCAAAGUGGAAAGCAAGGAUCAUGCAAGUCCAAAGUUUACACUCCUGGUUCAGUUGGUGCCGUGUGCAAAUCAAGAGUUUGACACUUGUCUAAAGAGCCUUAAAAUCCUGCUGAACAAUGACAGAAACAAUGUAUUAAUGUUCACUUCCGAUGGCAAAGUGAAGCAAAACAUGCAGACCAUCAGUUUGCCAUACCACUCAGAUGACAUCAACAUAUUCCAUGCUUCAUCCUUUCACAUCUUGCUCCAGACCAGUUUUGGUUUGCAAAUUCAGAUCCAGCAUGUGCCAGUCAUGCAAGUCUAUGUCAGCCUAGAACAAAGCUACAGAGCAAAGACACGUGGCUUAUGUGGGAACUACAACAUGGCCCUAUCUGAUGACAUGAAGACUCCUCAGGGGAUGGUGGAGGGAACAGCAGCAACUUUUAGUAACUCCUGGAAGGCUAACCUAAUGUGCCCAGACAGAGAGGAAAGACUUGAGGACCCCUGUUCCCUUAGUGUGGAAAAUGAGUGGUACGCUAAACACUGGUGCGCCUUGCUGCUGAAUCCAGACAGCACCUUUGCACAAUGCCAUUCAGCGGUAGAUCCUGAUAUGUACUACAAGAGAUGUACGUAUGCCAGCUGUAACUGUGAGAAGAGUCAGGACUGCCUGUGUGCCAUCUUCUCCUCCUACGCUCGGGCUUGUGCAUCAAAGGGAGUGAUCUUGACAGACUGGAGAGAGAAUGUGUGCGAUAAAUACACAAGGAGCUGCCCAGCAUCUCAGAUCUUCUCUUACAAGCAUCAGAGAUGCCAGUUGACUUGCAAAUCACUGGGCAUAAAGCAACCAAGUUGCACUUCUGACUUCUUGCCUGUGGAUGGCUGCUCCUGCUCCAAGGGUCUCUACCUAAAUGAAAACGGCAUCUGUGUCCCCAUGGCAAAAUGUCCCUGCUACCAUAACGAAGUCUACAUUAAGUCAGGAAAGUCCAUCAACAUCAAAGACGAGCACUGUGUGUGUACCAAUGGAAUGCUUCAUUGUCAUUCUUGGAGAGUGCACCCAUCAACAUGCUAUUUUCCGAAAGUGUUUUUCAACUGCUCCGCUGCGAGCACCAGAGAUCUGGGACUGCGCUGUGCUCGAACUUGUUUAAAUCUGGACAGCAAUGAUUGUGAGUCCACAGAGUGUGAAUCUGGCUGUCGGUGUCCAGCUGACCUACUAGAUGAUGGCAAAGGUUCCUGUGUGAAAGAAAAUGAAUGUCCCUGUCAGCACAAUGGGCAUAUUUAUUCCCCUGGAUCACAAAUCCCUGACCAGUGCAACAUCUGUACCUGCAAAAGUGGAAGCUGGGAGUGCAGUAAGAAUAAAUGCUCACAAACUUGCAUUAUUUAUGGUAGUGGUCACUACAAUACAUUUGAUCAGCGAACAUAUGGCUUUCAAGGACAUUGUUCCUAUGUUGCUGUUAAGAACAAAUGUGGCAAUAAAACAGUACAGGACAACUUUGGAGUAAUCACAGAAAAUGUACCGUGUGGAUCUACAGGCACCACAUGCUCCAAAACUGUUAGAAUCCAACUUGGGCAAAAGGAAAUCAAACUAUCAAAGGGUAAUUAUGACGAGGUGGACCUGGGACAUGGUGCUGAGAUUCAGUACAGAAUAAGGAAGGUUGGCUUAUAUGUGGUGGUAGAAUCUGCCAUUGGUCUGACGGUGAUGUGGGAUGGCAAAACAACUGUUCGCAUCAUCCUGGAACCACAGCACAGCGGAGAGGUAUGUGGCCUGUGUGGAGAUUUUAAUGGUGAUGGACAGAACGACUUCACCACUCAGGGUCAGCUGGUAGUGAGCAAUCCGAUAGAAUUUGCAAACAGCUGGAAAGUGUCAAGCGAGUGCCUGGAUGUGGAAACAAAUGCUGACCCUUGUGGAGCAAGACCCAAUCGACUUCACUGGGCACAAAAGAUGUGCAGCAUUAUAAUUGGAAAAACAUUCCAAGAUUGCCACAAUAAGGUAGCCCCCCUUCCAUUUUAUGAGAACUGUGUAAGAGACUCAUGUGCCUGCGACUCUGGAGGAGACUGCGAGUGUUUCUGCUCAGCAGUUGCAGCUUAUGCUCAAGCUUGUAAUGAGGCUUCUGUCUGUGUUGCAUGGAGAACUCCAGAAAUCUGUCCUGUCUUUUGUGAUUACUACAACAGCCCAGAUGAAUGCAAGUGGCACUACAAUCCUUGCCACACACCUUGCUACAAGACCUGUUUGAAUCCAGAAGAAAAAUGUAGCAAACUUUUACCCAACCUGGAAGGUUGUUACCCUGUAUGCCCUGAAGAUAAGCCCAUAUUUGAUGAGGAGACUGGGAUGUGUGUGGAGGAAUGUCCAGGUUGCUUUUACAACAACACUAGAUACGAGGAAGAUGAAGUUAUUUACAAUGUAACUGACAAUUUGGGAAUGUGCUACUAUGCAAUAUGUAAGAAUUCAACAGUGAUACAUGGAAAUGAACCUUGCUCUAGUACAACUGUCCCAACACCAACAACAACUAUUGCCACCACUACACCCGUAACAACACCAACUGAACCUACUACUACAACAACUGAACAGCCAACUACAACAACAAAAUCACCACCAACUAAACCUACUACUGCCACAACAACUCAAGAGCCAACCACAACACCAUGUAUUACAACGUGUGAUUGGUCAGAGUGGUAUGAUGUGCAUAAACCAGGAGAGGACAAAAGUGACUGGGAAACAUAUGAGAACAUCAUAAAUAGUGGUAAACAAAUAUGUGAAAAUCCCACAGAAAUUGAUUGUAGAUCAACAGAUUAUCCUGACAAAAACUUCAAUGAUUUUGUGAGUCAAACUGGCCAGGUUGUUACUUGCGAUGUGGGAUAUGGUUUAAUAUGUAAAAAAGAGGAUCAGAUCACACGUCCAUUUAAGUGUUUCAACUAUAAAAUCAGAGUAUGUUGUGAGGUAGAGAUAUGUCCAACCACAACCCAUUCAACCCCAUUAACUACACCUCCCACAACAACUGAAGAGCCAACCACAACCACAAAAUCUACAACCCCACCAACUGAACCUACUACUACCACAACUGAAAAGCCAACAACAACCACAACUGAAGAGCCAAUAACAACCACAAAAUCUACAACCCCACUAACUGAACCUACAACUACAACAACUGAAGAGCCAACCACAACAUCUACAACACCACCAACUGAACCUACUACUACCACAACUGAAGAGCCAACCACAACCACACAAUCUACACCACCACCAACUGAACCCACUACUACAACAACAACAACAACAACUGAAGAACCAACUACAACCACAAAACCUACAACCCUGCCAACUGAACCUACUACUACAACUGAAGAGCCAACCAAAACCACAAAAUCUACAACCCCACCAACUGAACCUAUUACAACCACAACUGAAGAGCCAACCACACCCACAAAAACUACCCGCCACCGUAGCCACUCCGCACCUCUACUGCUGGCUGAGAAGGGGUCGCCACAGCCACACCGCUGCGUCCACCAGCUGGACCUACUACCACAGGAGGCCGCCACAGCCACAGUCCUGCACCCCCAGCUGACCUGUGCUGCAGCAGCUGGAGGGGCCGCUACAGCCACACCCCAUCUGCAGCCCCCGUACCUGCUACUACAGCUGAGGGCGCCGGCACCAAUCUACAGCUGCACCUCUUGCCUGCACCCGCUGAAGGGUAGCCACACCCGCAUCUACAGCCCACCCCGCUGGACCUGCUACUGA